AAAUGACAAAACUGUUCAAUGCUUCCUUUCAGUUAGAGCAGUUUAUCACUGAAUCAAUUGAAUUGUAAUUUCGCGCGCAAAAUGUUGACGCAUACCACCAGUACCACCACACGUGAAUUUGAACAAUAUUACGACAUACCUACUACUGAUAUUAAUGCUAGUAGUAGCAGUUAUUUAAUAUUUACAAAAACACCAAAUGUUUCACCCGCUGACUCUUUAAUUCUAAAUCAACCAUUACGUAGGAGUAAUACUGCUGAAAUGAGAAAUCAAAGUCGACAAAAUAAGACAUUCUGUUUACCAUUCAGUAGAAUGAAUAAAUCACCUUACAAAUUGUUACCAGAUCGAUGGUCAUUUAAAAGUAAUGAUCGUCAAAUCUCCUUGGCAGUAAAUGGAUAUAAAGCCGGAAGUAAUCUUCAAGAAACUGAACAAACAUUUGCGAUAAACACAUUUGGUAAUUCAUUUUCAAAGCCUGUCACAUUGGCCUUAUCAUCAUUUAUGCCAAAUAAUCCAGACAGUGUUCCAAAGAAACCUCUGAAAAAUCAAACAAUUAAUAAUAAUAAUAGUCAGCGUAAUAAAUCGCCACUUCAUACAAAAAGGAAACAGUUCAAAGAUCCUUUAUCUCAAUCAUCAAAUAUUCUAAAAGAAGUUGAAAAUACUCGAUAUCAUUGGUUAACAACAAAGCAGACACAUCAACGAAGUACACCUAUCUUGAAUCAAGAACGACAAUAUGGUCGGGUUAAUUUAAUUUCUGCCUAUAGAGGAGAAUCUCCGCCAAGCAGGGUUAGAAAUGACGUAUUAUCAUCUAAUAGUGCUAGGACAGAACACAGAGGAGGACUAUUCAAUGUACACGCAGACAAUAGAACUAAAGCUCCUUAUUAUAUCAUUCACCCAGAAUGGUUAAGUGAAACAAUGACAAUACGCCAACUGGGAUUAUCGCCCAGACCAACUCCAUUACCAAUAAAUAAUAAUAACUAUCUACAAGGUGAUCAAGUUAGAAGACGUGGUCAUUUCACUGCAACUUGUUCAGAACAACAUACAACAAACACCGAUACAACGUGUACAGACUCAGUAGAAUCGUCUAUUAGCCGAAGUCGAAGCCUACCGCCGAAAGCAUUCAAUCCAAUUACAUGGAACUGUUAG